AUGAUGUACGAUUAAUUUAAAGCCAAUUAUUAUACUCAAAAUGCAACUGACUAUGAUAACUAAGGCAGUAAGACUGGCCUUAUCAACUAACCAAAUAAUUAAACCAAGGGCAGAAGAGAUGAAAUAUUGAACCUCAGGAAAAAGGAGAAACUCAAGAAUAAUUUGUUGUAACAGCUAGGUCCUGAUUUUUAACAAGAUAUUGAGUAAAUUGUGGAAACUCAGGCAGAUAAUAGACUAAAUCAAAACAUACCUGUCGAUGACAUUCAGAAUGACUUUAAGGAACUUAUUGUUUCAAAGAGGCAAAUGAGAAAUAAUCCAAUGACUUAGUCCCUUCAGUUUAACAGCACUUAGCAGUAUCCCUUGACAGAUCGAACAACUGAAUCUCAAAGAAGAAAAAGGCAUUUGCCAAUUAUGGAGAAAUAGAGUAUAUUUCCAUCUGUUAAUUUUUAUUUAGAAAUAUUUAAUGAAUGGGCAGCAGUGGCUUAGCAUUAAGAUGAAAUAGUUAAAAUGUCUGAGCACUAGGCUAAGAUGAUGGUAAAAGAUAGGUAGCAAAAAUAUAAAGAUGACCUAGAUUAUUAAAAGAAUCUCAGGCAACAAAAUCAAAUGAAUCAGCAAAUGCAAGACCAGGUAUUUGCUUAGGCAAUGAUUUAAAAGGAUAAUAUGGGCUAUUUGAAUUCAUUGUAAGAGCAAGAGCAAAAGAGAAAGAAAUUUGAACAGAUGAAGAAAGAGAAUCAAAAUCUUAGUUUAGGUGAUUACAAGGACAAAUUAAAUAGAGAUCAUUAGAAUAGAGUAUUAGAGAGUUAGAGAUUCAAGUCUUAGUAUGAUUAAACAAUGACUGAGCAGUAGCAAAAAGACUUAUAAGAUAAACUCAAGCAAAAGCAAGAUUAAGCCUAAUACAAGGAUAUUUUAGACUACUAAGCAAGUCUCAAAAACAAACCUAAAGAUGACGAAUCUAACUUAAAUGGAUAAUGGUAAGCUCAAUAAAUGGAAUAAAACCGCUAGAGAUAUCUAGACCUGAUAAAUGGAAAGAAGAAUGCAACUGAAGCUAGUAGAGACUACCUCGAUAAGUAUCUGUAAAACAACAGGCAGGAUGAGAAAGAUAAAUUUUACAAGGAGAAUGAGAAAUAUGAGAAUCAGAAUUACUAGAAGGAGCUUUUAAGAGAAUAAAAUGAUGAGUAAAGGCGGCUAAGUACAAGAAGAGUGUAAAACUAGGCACUUGAUAACUAGGUAGGCAUGAAAAAUUUACUAAAACAAACAGACAGAGAUGCUGACUAGUUCUAUGGGCAAUAAGUAAGAGCGAAAGCAUAAGCCGAAGAAAUAUUAGAUAAACAAAAAAAAGAGUUGAUGAGGAAGCAGUAAGAGGACUAUUCUAAGACCUUGGAACAGCAAAUGAACAGCAAGAACAUGAUGAAGUAGUUUGACAGUGUGAUGACUGAACAUGAAAGGAGAGUCAAUGAUGCUGAUAUUAGAGCCUAUUAGAAUGUUGAUCAGCUUAAUUUGUAUCACAAAAUCCCUGGUAUAAAGUAGUUUGGAUAGGAAAUCCAGGACAAGUACCUUGAUAAAGCAUUCAAUAAAUAGUUCAAUUAGAUGGACCCUACAUUCAGUCAAAGUUUGAUCUCCCCUAGAUAGCAAUAAACUCAACCUUAGUUGACAAGUAGGCAUUACUAAACUAGCAAUCAAAAUUAGCUAACUGACCAAACACCCCACUAACCCCAUGUGAACCCAAACAUUAGAUUCUAGUCUGCAAGACAUGCAUCAUUUGAUCCAAUGAGAGCAAAGUAUUAAUCAUAAAUUUAGUCUUAGCCUAACAUUCAAAGCAAUCUCGCAAAUACAAUGUUCCAUCAAACAGAAAAUAAACUUCUUCCAACUCAUAUGAUGAUAAAUAGUAUACCACAUAUUGUACCUGAAAACAAGCUUAUGCAGGUAAGGUAAAACAUGGAACUGCCGUAGACUCUGAUUUCUAGGCAUAAUACUGGAAAUAAAGCUUAUGGAUUUGAGCAGUUUAUUGCCAAUCCAAUAGACCAAAAGCCAACUUACGCAGCUAAUAACAACAUUCCAGAUGGUGAUUUCCCUUAUAAUUACACUGUGGCUCCCAAUUAUAAAAUGGAUAGCUAUAGAGCUCAAUGA